CUAGCUGGGGUUACCGUUGUGUGAAGUCGAUGGGCAGCCUCAACAGCACCAGAAGCAGCUCUCUCGUUCAACUUAAACUGACCGUUGUCACGUCGAAAACGCGGACAUUCGCGUAAUCCGGCAUUUCAUUCAACGUUCCGGCGUAGUUUUCGGUGAUUCGGUCGUCCGUCUAUCCGCGUGCAAUAAGAUCGUCUCUACAUUCGAUAUUGAAAACGGUAUUAACGAUCGUGGAAGACUGAUUCCGAGGCAGUCUUCAGAUGGUUUUUAAACCUUUCGCAAUUUUGGGCUCGGCAGAAGUUGCUAAGAAGAGGAAGCUUUAGAACGCCAACAUCGCCAUGUUCAGGGAGAAACAGGACCCCGAGAAUACAGAAAAGGUAGUCGAGGAGCGUUUCCGGUUGCUGGUUGAAGUCGGAUCGAAGACAAUGGCUGACUCUGAAUUACCGGAAAUGGAUCUACCCGCCUACUACGAUGCGGAUAAAUUCCGGGUGGGCCAGACUGUUUUUUACAACAACGUGUUCACGAUGAUGGUCGCAAAACUUGCCGGUCUUCUAUCGCUUCUAGCCGUACCGUCCAUCCUCGAUAUUCUCAUAUUCACGAAACAGAGCGGAACACCGUGCACAGCCUUUCGUCGAUAUGUUUCAACGAUUCUUCACACUUUCAUAUGGUACGAACGGGAACCGGAAAAGCAAAAGGAGUUCUUCGCCUCCUUGAAAAACGUGAGGAGGAAACACUGCGUUGCUUCCAAGCGAGCAUCCGAAGCGGGUAUAAAUCGGAUUUCCCAGUUUGAUAUGGCCGUGACUCAGUUCGGGUUCAUCGGAUUCACUAUCCUAUGUGGCGACGAACUCGGCGUCGCGGUGUCUCGGAAAGACCUCGAGGGGCUUAUCCACCUCUGGCGAGUCAUUGGAAGCAUGCUGGGGAUAGAGGAGAGGUUCAAUAUCUGCACGGGAUCGGUAGAAGAGACAAAGGCUCUCUGCGCUCGGAUUCUCGACGAAGUAUUUCUGCCCUGUCUCGCAGCGAAGAGACCAGAGUUUGAGAAAAUGCGACAAAUUCUUCUUGAGGGAGUUUGGCCGAUAAGCCCGCAGAUUGAUCCCGACGCUUUUACCGCCAUUACUUAUCGGCUCGCUAUGUCCGCCACUUCUAACAACAAUCAUUCCCUUGAAGUGGAUACUUCAUCAAUGUCGUCUUACAGCAAAUUCUUGCUUGGCUUUCAAACCUGGGUGCACAAAAACCUAUUGCAAACGUCUUUAUGGUGGUCGCCGAUAUUUCGAGGAUUUUUUAACGCACAGAUGAGACUUUCGAUAUUUCUUACCGAGCAUUGGCCGUUUCUUGCCUACCUUGUAUUCGGGAAGCAGCGAUCUCAAGUCAAUAUUUAUAAAAUGCAAAUCAAUUGACAAAGUUAACCGUAGUAUGAGGAGUACCUGGUAGAAAUUCCUUUUUUUUUGGAAAUCUGUAUAUAUACUGUAUAUAUACAUGAAUUUGCGUCCGAAAUCAGGUGCGUGACGAAGCUCACGUUUACAGCUUCAAAAUGAGGCAAUCCUACGUCUGGAAAUGUGGAAAUUUGUUAAGUUUUAUAUAAAAUACUUAUUUUAGAAAUUGCAGAGGCUGUCGCAGGGAAACAGAAAAUUUCCUAGAUGAUUUCUUUGAACAUGAUCUCAGCGAUUUUUCCCUGCUUCUGCGUCCUGAAAUUUUCAAAAUUUGGCAGAGUCAUAACACAUAUUGCACAGUAUUGACUGAAAAAAAAAAAUUCACCACAGUCGGGACGUUG